GCUAUAUGCCAUUGAGACAACACAUUUCGAAGCACAAUUGUAUUUUUGAGAGAUGUUAAGCAAACAUGAUGACCAUUACACGAAAAGGUUUAUUUAAAUGUGAAAAAAGCUGCCAAGUCGUCAGUGUUAUUCUAACGUAACACGUAUACAGUAUAUUUUAUGUAUAAUGCCAUUCUGCAAUCAAAUUUGUGAUUAUUUAGCGUGAGCUAGAAAUAAACACAGAACCAUCUUGCGUCGUGAAAUAUAUGUCACCACGUAAAUCAAAGAUAGAAAUAAUAACAAUUGAAAACGGUAUCCAUAAUCGUGUCGUUAAGCAGUAAACAAAUUGACACGUUUUUGGACUUCUUAGAAAUUGAGAGACAAAUACUGGAUGCUGUAUCAGUCAUGUAUACCAAAUUUCUUGGAUGAAAAUUUAGCAAAAUCAAUUAGAUGACAAAUCUCGAAUGCAUAGAAAAUGAUUGGUACUUUUCUGAAAAGAAAAAUGUGGAUUUCAAAUUUUCGCAUAACCCAUUUAAUAUUCGGCAUUAUAGUACUGGCAACCAUAAUAUUUUAUUCAACGCUGAAUGGAAGGCAGUAUAAUUUGGUCAUAAAAAGAUAUCCAGAUCUACGCCUCAAUGGCACAGAAAAUCAUUUCAUGCCAUUGCCUCUAUCAAACACAUCUUUGAUGGAUAUCCAAACAAAAUUAAAUAAGAGGAAAAACUGUGGAUUUUUCACAUUUUUAGCCAACGGCUGUGGAUCGACUAGUAACAUAACUAGCGUACUGAAGAAACUUGGUGAGAAUAAUUUGAUUGCAAACGAUUCGUCGCUCAAAUCUGAAGCCAACAGUGAUAAUAUUCAAAGGAUAGAAAAGUUACCCUUGUCUGAAAUUCAAGAAGUUGGUGUUAAAUUGGAAAAGCUUCCUCCGAACAACCAUUCCCUUUCUAACAAAACCAUUGUAGCCAACAACAAUGUCGACAGUUCUACAGAGCGUGUGAUAAAGACUAAGGAUAUUUACGAAAAUGGACACAUGAAUGACCAAACUAGCAUAAACAACAUUUGCCCGCAAAAAGGCGCCGACGUGAAUCUACUGAUAUUGAUUACAUCAGCACCCACUCAUCGAGAACAAAGGUUAUCUAUCCGGCAAUCAUGGGGACAUUAUGCAAUUCGGCGAGAUAUCUCUAUUGGAUUCAUGCUUGGUCGGACCCAAGACCAACGCAUAGAAGAUCAGCUGUCUGCCGAAAACUACAUGUAUAGCGAUCUGAUCAGAGGAAACUUUAUCGACAGCUACAAAAAUCUCACCCUAAAAACGAUCUCGUUGCUCGAAUGGACAACUACAAAUUGUCCCAAUGCCACAUAUUUACUCAAAACAGACGAUGACAUGUUUAUUAACGUACCCAAACUGUUGCAAUUUAUCGAAACACACUUGAGCUACAAACGGUCAAUUUUCGGGCGGCUCGCGAAAAAAUGGAAACCGAUUCGGAACAAAAAAUCCAAGUAUUAUGUAAGCCCAGAACAGUACUUUCCAUCAGUAUUUCCACCUUUUACUACCGGCCCGGCGUAUCUGAUGACAUCAGACAUCAUUCUAGAUUUGUACAACAAGUCGUUAUCCCAAACUUACCUCAAACUGGAAGAUGUCUACACUACCGGAAUAGUAGCACAGCUACUGAACAUUCAUAGAGUAAACAUUAAAGAAUUUCUUAACCGACGAAUAGCUUUUAAUCAAUGUAAUAUAAAAAAGUCUAUAAGUAUACACAUGGUAAAAACAAACGAACAAUAUGAUUUAUGGAAAAAGAUAUCAGAAAACAGCGUACAAUGUAAAUAGUCAUGUAAUUAUUAUAUACAAUAAAUAAGUUUUAUACAA